CUGUUCUCUCUAAAACCUUCCCCAUUUCUUCCCUAACAGAAAAUGGCUAAUCAUCGUUGGCCGAUCCUUCUCCUAAUCGUUGUAGUACUUAGCUGCUCGCCGUUCUUCGGCCAUGGCUAUGAUUUUGCUGCUCCUGGAGGUGGAACCAAGACUGCAUAUUUGAAGGUCGAUGCUUCUGGUAAUCAACAUCCCACCAUCCCCAGUACCUUAUUCGGUGUCUUCUUCGAGGAAAUCAAUCAUGCUGGAGCUGGUGGGCUUUGGGCAGAGCUCGUCAGAAACAGAGGGUUUGAGGCUGGCGGGGGAGUGGCUCCUUCCAACAUCUAUCCGUGGAACGUGAUCGGCGACGAGAGGGCGGUGAAGGUGGCGACGGAGCCGACGUCGUGCUUUGCGAACAACAAGAUGGCGCUGCGGGUGGAUGUGAUGUGCGACGGUGCCAGCUGUCCGGCCGGCGGCGCCGGGAUUGUAAAUCCCGGUUAUUGGGGGAUGAAUAUUCAACAAGGGAAGAGUUACAAGCUGGUCUUCUACCUCCGGUCCAUUGGCCCGGUUGACUUAACCGUGGUCUUGAUUGGGUUCAACCGGACAAAAAAACUGGCCGCCCAAAAUGUAUUCAGAGGUGCAUUUACGGGGUGGACCAAGAGGGAGGUCGUGUUCAAACCCAUCAUGUCGGACCCGAAUGCGUCCCUCGCAAUCACUAGUUCACAUAAAACGGUCGUUUGGUUCGACCAGAUCUCUCUCAUGCCACUCGACACAUACAAGGGACAUGGGUUCCGAGCCGAUCUUGCUCAAAUGGUGGCAGACCUCAAACCGGGGUUCAUCCGGUUUCCGGGUGGAUGCUUUGUGGAAGGUGCGUGGCUGAGGAACGCAGUCCGCUGGAAGGAAACAGUGGGCCCAUGGGAGAACAGGCCUGGCCAUUUUGGUGAUGUCUGGAAUUAUUGGACCGACGAUGGAAUGGGCCUGUACGAGUUCUAUCAGUUUGCUGAAGACAUUGGCGCAUUGCCGAUUUGGGUGUUUAACAAUGGGAUUAGCCACACCGAUGAAGUUGAUACCACCAUGAUUGGACCUUUCAUUCAAGAAGCCCUGGACGGGAUUCAGUUUGCCGUUGGUCCCGUAACCUCAACGUGGGGCGGACUCAGGGCGGCGAUGGGGCACCCUAAGCCGUUCGAUCUGAGAUAUGUUGCUGUCGGAAACGAGGAUUGCGGCAAAGAACACUACCGAGGGAAUUACCUCAAGUUCUACUACGCCAUAAAGAGCGUUUUCCCUAACAUCAAGGUCAUAUCCAACUGCGAUUACACCGACCCCAGCACGCCAACUCAAGAUCCAGCCGACUACUACGAUUACCAUAAAUACACGACCGCGAGCGACAUGUUUCGUCUGAGACAUCAGUUCGACACCGUGCCACGAACCGGGCCCAAGGCGUUCGUAAGUGAGUACGCGGUGUGGCGAGAGGACGCCGGAUUGGGGAGCUUGAAAGCAGCAUUGGCGGAGGCAGGGUUCCUCAUGGGUUUGGAAAAAAACAGCGACAUUGUUGAGAUGGCUGCGUAUGCGCCGCUGUUCGUCAACGCAAACGACAGGAAGUGGAGCCCCGACGCCAUUAACUUCGACUCCUACAGAGCUUACGGAACUCCAAGCUACUGGAUGCAGACUUUCUUCUCGCAGUCCAAUGGAGCAGCUCUGCUCAACGCCACGCUCGACGGCAGAUCCUCUGCUCAUCUGGCCGCCUCGGCCAUCAUCCGAUCAGACCCGGCCACGGGCAAUUCGUACCUUACGGUUAAGGUCGUGAACGUGGCGGAUGAUCCGAUCGACAUCAAAAUCGACAUCACCGGAGCGAACAUCGAUAGCAGAUUCGUGUCGAAGAAGACCGAGAUGACGUACGGUGGGGAUGUGAUGGCGGAGAAUACGUUCGAUGAGCCAUUAAAGAUCAAGCCGGUGGAAACAGAGUUGAAGAAUCCAAGCAGCAAGAUGGAUGUGAAAUUGUCUGCUCAUUCUUUGACUUCAUUUGAUUUACUGUUACCCAAAAGUGGGUCUAUGAAGCAAUCCAGGAAAACUGGUGUUCUUAGCUAAGCAGGAGAAAAGAUUGUUAGGCCUUAGUAAAUUUUCUUUUUUCUAACCGUUUCCCAGCUGUAAAAAAGGUAGCUGGUGUAGUGUCAAAUUUCAAUAGUGUAUGGUGCAAAUUGUACUUGAAUGAAAUGUGGAGGACUUGGGGAAUGAUUAGUGCAAUUAAUAUAAUAUUCCCAUUUUCUCCCUAAUCUUCAG